CUUUCCUUUCCAUCUGUCUUGAGAUCGAAGAAAACUUGCGGAGCUCUAUUUCUACUGAAGGACCUCACGCUAGUAAUCACACAGAAGCGAAGCGAAAGGCCAAAAAGAUGAGCAGCAUAGGAACAGGUUACGAUCUCUCAGUCACCACUUUCUCUCCAGAUGGCCGCGUUUUCCAGAUCGAGUACGCUGCCAAAGCCGUCGAUAACAGCGGUACUGUUAUUGGAAUCAAGUGCAAGGACGGGAUUGUUAUGGGUGUGGAGAAGCUCAUUGCAUCUAAGAUGAUGUUGCCGGGUUCCAAUAGGAGAAUUCACUCUGUUCAUCGGCAUUCUGGCAUGGCAGUUGCUGGUUUAGCAGCUGAUGGAAGACAGAUUGUUGCACGAGCGAAGUCUGAGGCAACCAAUUAUGAAAGUGUUUAUGGUGAACCCAUUCCUGUGAAGGAACUUGCUGAUCGUGUUGCUAGUUAUGUGCAUUUAUGUACACUGUACUGGUGGCUUAGACCAUUUGGUUGCGGGAUAAUUCUUGGUGGUUAUGACAGAGAUGGACCACAAUUAUACAUGAUUGAGCCAUCUGGCAUAUCCUAUAGAUAUUUUGGUGCUGCAAUUGGAAAGGGAAAGCAAGCUGCUAAAACAGAAAUCGAAAAAUUGAAGCUUUCUGAAAUGACAUGCCGAGAAGGGGUUAUUGAAGUAGCAAAAAUCAUUUACAAGGUGCAUGACGAAGCAAAGGACAAGGCCUUUGAAUUGGAGAUGAGUUGGGUUUGUAAUGAAUCAAAUAAACUGCAUCAGAAGGUUCCGGAUGAACUCCUAGAGGAAGCCAAGGCUGCUGCCAGGACUGCACUUGAAGAAAUGGAUGCCGAUUAAAGCUAAUAAUCUCAUUUUCCUCGGAAUUUGGGUUUAUAUUUGGUGAAUCCCAUAUACAAUUAAUGUCCUGCAAAUUGUUAACAUGUGCUUGAUCUGAGACUGAUUUUUUUUUCAAGGGACAAUCAAUGAAAUUAUUUUACUCAUACAUUUUGCGUCAGAAAUGCAGGGAACUCCUUUUUCAUCAUC